AUGCUGAGCACUCGUCGACUAGCUGCCAUCGUGUCCUAUGCGGCCUUUGCCUUGUUGUCGACUUCCACCCGCCUUGUCAACGCGGAAGAUCUCUGCUCCAUCGUGCCGUACUCGUACACGGGUGCUAAAUCGACUCACCCAGAGCUAAAGACUGCAAUUGAGAUGCUCGAAAACUAUGCCAUUGCGUCCUGGUUCACCGAUCGCCAGACCCCGCAAGAGCGAUCGGAUCUGAUGAAAGGAUUGCUGAGCCAGUGCUCGGAGGACAAACGCCUUAGUAUCGUGGUGUAUGGGAUCCCCAACAAAGACUGUGCUGCGGGCUUGUCGUCCGGGGGCAGUGUAACCAGUGCAAGUGACUAUCAAGCCUUUCUGAAAGAGCUCACGGAUGCUGUAGGUGACCGCAAAGUGCUCUACGUCGUCGAACCGGAUGCACUUGGUCUGCUUGCUCAAGACGGAGGCUGCGGUGCAAACGCCGGGUACCUCGAGAACCUCAAAGUUGCCGUCUCGACUUUGUCGACGAACGCCAAUGCUGAGCUCUACAUUGACAUUGGCUACUGGAUGCUUGCAAACGGGCACAGCACCGGGAAAGUGGCCUCUGCAAUGAAGGAGAUCGCUGGCUCUGGUCGCGUCAAGGGCGUGACUAUCAACACGUCCAACUACCGAUCGAACGACGAGUGUGCGACGUACUGCAGCAACUUUCAGACGGCCGUAGGCUCUAGUGACAUGACGUGCAUCAUUGACACGUCUCGUAACUACAACGGAUCACCCACGUCGGACUGGUGCAAUGUCCCUAUGGCUGGUAUCGGCAAGCCGCCUACGUCCGAAACGGGCGUCUCAAACCUGGACUACUUUAUGUGGAUCAAGCCGCCUGGCGAGAGCGAUGGCGAGUGUGCAACUGGCGGCACGUCAGCCGGAUCUUUCUACUUGGAUGGUUUUAAGCUGCUGUGGGACCAAGGCUACUUUGUCCGUGAACAGGGGAUGCCAAAGAUUGGGGACAGCUCCUAUAGCGUCAUUCAAGCACCCGCACCGUCAGGUGAUAGCAGCCCCACUCAAGAUACUUCAAACCAGACGACAGCGAUGGCAACUGAAGUACCGACUUCGGAUAGCUCAAGCUGGAGCCAGGAGGACAUCGUUGCUACAGUUGCUCCAGCCGAACCGAUUUCAACGGACGUCUCGGUCGGGAACAAACCGGAGCCCACAGCACGUAGUGGUUGCAAGGCUAAGACGCGAAUGCGCUCGCUGUAA